CGGCGCAGGCAAAACUCCAGCGCCGCCUCGACUCGCUCACGAGGUCUCUCAAUACACAUGCGCAACGCCUCCAAAUCCGUCACCAACCCCCCACAACCACCUGUCAAGAUCGAUCCAAAGUCUGCCCACACCUCCGACCCCUUCCUGCAGUCCUUCCUGUCGCCAGCCUUCGAUGCAGCAGAAUACCUCAACUCCACCCUGCCGCCCUUGCAAGGGUCAUCAUCAUCAUCAUCAUCAUCAUUCUCCUCGUCCUCUGUACGGACAGCCACCACAGCAGCGCCCGCACCCUUGGCCGACCUGUCGACGGAGGCGCAGACCCUCAUCACGCAGCUGAAUGCCCAUACGACAAGGCUGACGGGCACGCUGACCCAGCUCACGGAGGACAUCCUGCGCUCCGGCAGCCGGCUGGCGUACGAGGUCGAGCUGCUGCGCGGCGAGACCCUCAGCCUGUCUGAGACGCUAGCCGAGGGACCCCUGCGCGCUGACCUGGAGCGAUUCGCCCCUGCCGGCCUCGUGAGCGGUGCCACGGCGACGAGCACGCGGCGAGCCUCUCUCGUGAGCAAUGGCAUCGCAGGGGCGACGGCCACCACACCGGCGCCGGACGCAGAUCCCUUCCCUGAUGAACCUCCCUACAUCUCGCAGCUGCGCACACUGACGCUCGUGCGCGCCCGGCUCGACGCGGUCAUCAAGACGUUUGGCGAGGCGAUGGAGUUUGUCUUCCCGCCGAGCGAGAUCUCCGUCUCGUCUGGGUUCCUGUCCGUGUCAGCGCCCGACUUCCCAGACCGGCACUCGAGCAGCGCGGAGCAGGUCAGCAUGGAGGACCGGGGCCAGCAGGUGCUGCGCCGCAUCAGGGAUGAGGUCUCGGCCCUGCUGAAGGCUGGCUCUGGGCCCGGCGGUAGUUACCAGGAGAGGCUUAAGGGUGUCGAAGACGCAACCCGCAGGGUGGAGGAGAUCAAGAGUCUGAGCAUAGUGUGGAAGGGCACGGCUGAGGAGAAAGGCAGGCAGAGAUUUGUGGACAGCCUCUCCAAGAUGGUGGAGGACAGGCACCGGGAGCUCAUGAGGGAAGCGGAGAGCCAGAGGGAGCAGCAGCAGCAGCAGCAGCAGCAACAACAACAGCAGACAAGAAGUAAGCAGGAUGAAGCUGCCUCAAGGAGAGAGCAGGGAAGCGCUCCGGCGGACGCGACAACGAUCGAGUCAAGAGGCCCGCUCGGCGGGUAUGGGUUUAUGAACCAGUGGCAGAAGAUCAGAGGUGGCCUGUAA